CCUUGAAUUAGCACGUGUAACUACAUUGGUGUGUGAACGCGACGGUCUCCGUUAUAACAUGUAAACAAGUCGUAUUGCGGCUGUAGCAAACGUAUACGGUUUCAGGUGCAGUAGCUUUUUUUCGUUAGAAUUAACUCGCGAUGGAUGAUAACUUCCCGGACAGUGCAUCCGACGAUGGUGGAUUCGAUUUGCGGCAGGAGAUAGCGCGCAGUGCAUUCGCAGACAUGUGCCAUGACUGGGAACGCAAUCAGAAGUACGACCGGGCACUACAGCUAACGAUAGCCCGAUUGCAUGCCGCUGGGCAGCAAGCACACGUGCUGGACAUCGGUACCGGCAGUGGACUACUCUCGAUGAUGGCUAUCCGGGCGGGUGCCGACAGUGUAGUUGCAUGUGAAGCAUUUCGUCCGAUGGCUGAAUGUGCGGAAAAGGUCAUCGAAGCGAACGGAAUGAAGGAACGUAUACGGCUGGUGAAAAAACGCUCCACCCAACUGUCGGUCGGUUUGGGGCAGGAUAUGGAACGGCGAGCGAACGUGCUGGUGACGGAACUGUUCGAUACCGAGCUGAUCGGUGAGGGAGCCCUCGGGACCUACCGACACGCCUUACAGCAUCUGCUGACGGAUGAUGUACUGACGAUACCGCACCUAGCGACCGUAUACGCGCAAGUGGUCGAGUGUCCGCUAGUGCUUGGUUGGCAACAGCUAAAGACACUCUCGAACGCUGACGGUGACAUUUUGCUGCGUGUUCCACCGGAAGUGGCGUCCUGCCGUGGGUCUAGCGCUGUAUUCGACAUCCAACUGAGCCAGCUGCCGGUGGCCAGCUUUAAUCCGCUAACAGAUCCCGUACCCGUGUUCCAGUUCCGCUGGAACAAACACGAUGCGCUGGUAAACGAUCGAAGUGAGAAAAACGUUUGCAAAGCGCGAACAUCCGGUUUCCCCCAGGCUGUCUUUAUGUGGUGGGAUUUAACAAUGGACAGCGAAGGCGACGUGCUGCUAAGCUGUGCUCCGUAUUGGGCUCACCCGGACCACGCCACCCUAAAGCAAAACCAAACUGAAGCACGAAAACAACGCAUACCUGAAGGGAAUUUCAUUCCGUGGCGGGAUCACUGGAUGCAGGCCGUCUACUUUUUACCCCCGGCCAAGAUUCCUCUCGAACGUGGUCAAGAGUUUGCGCUGCAAUCGUACCACGACGAGUAUUCGCUAUGGUUUGCGAUAGGAGAACAAGCGUGCUCAAACCCGAUCGACGCACCACACUGUACCUGCGGAUGGCACAUCGCGCAGUCUCGAUCACGCAUUGGGCAGCUUAAUGAUAGUCUGCGCAACAAGCGCUACUUGAACUACUUCGAGCGAGUAUUUUCAAGCGAUUCCGUCGUGCUGGUGCUUAGCGAAGGUUCGCUGCUUGGCCUCGCGGCAGCUCGGAUGGGUGUAAAGAAGGUGCUGCUGUACGAACCGAAUGCAAUAUCACGCCGCUGCAUGGAAGCGUUUGUAGAGCACAACAGUGUACCGAAUGUGCAGUUCCUGUCGUCGGCAGAUGCACUCGGACCCGGCGACGCUGCGACCGUUACGCACGUUUUUGCCGAACCACACUUUCCUUCGGCAAUUUUGCCCUGGGACAACUUGCACUAUGGAGAUUUGUUGAAAAACCUCCGCCCGAUGCUUCCUGCCACCGUCACAGUGAUUCCCUCGUCCGGUACGCUUUACGCACUGCCGGUGGAGUUUUUAGACUUGCAGAAAAUCAACGCCCCACUCGGCACAUGUGAAGGUUUCGAUCUUUCGCUGAUGGAUCGUCUAAUCGAACAACACUCCUCGUAUGCCGAUUCACCGAUCGAAGCGCAACCUCUGUGGGAAUAUCCGUCCUACCCAUUGGCUGGUGCGAUUCGUUUGAUGGAGCUGGAUCUGGUGGCGGAUUUUGAGCAAUCGAAGCUUCAGCGAGGUGAAAUGCGCGUUUCGGAACCGGAUCGAUUGAACGGCAUAGCGAUAUGGAUCGAUUGGCAUCUGGAUGGGAGCCACAGUCCAAAAACGACCAUAUCGAGCGGACCACUUGUACCGGUCGAGGAGGCAUCCGAUGAACCGAUACGGUGGAAUGCAAAUUGGCGGCAGGGCGUCCAUCUGCUGCGGAAGCUACCGAACCGAAAGGGAAAAAUUCCUUGGACUGUAAAGUUCAAUCCCGUCUUAAACAAUGUAUACUUUCAGUUUGAUUAUGGGGAUCAAUAAAUGUUACCACCGAGCUUGAA